GCCCAUAGUACGGUUCAAGGACCCGACGUUGAGUGUGGGUAUACUCUCACCUCGGUGAGCACGGUCAGAGACAACCCCAAACUGGGGCAGGUGGGGCUCCUCCGCACUUUCUUGCCAGGAGUUACCCACUUCUCCCCGCCACGGAUUCCACUCAACCCGCAAUUGACCACAUCACGGACUGGGAUUGUCCAGGAACACUGACUCAGUCAACGGCGGGUACGUACCUCUUAUAUCAUAUCGACGGCGGCGACGAGCACAACAACAACAACAACAACAACAACAACAACAACAACAUCAUCAACAACAUUACGACCAUGUCCCAAGCAUUCCGUUUCCCGGCCGGCCCAGCAAAGAUCCGGACUCUCUACAUCCGAGUCAAGCCAGCACCAACCAAUCUGGCGGAGCGACGCGCUGUCCUCCGCGCCCUGAGCCAACAUGGCAACAUUGAGAUGUUCAAACAACUCUACGACUCCUCCUCCUUCAUCUCCGUAGCAUCAUCCCAGAACGUAGCUGCCAGCAUCGUUCGAAGAAGUCCUCUUCAGUUCGAUGUUCUCGCUCGAAACUCGUUCGACCCUCGUGUCCCCGACUCCAUCCGACUACCACCACCCAUCGAUACAUCGACAGCCGUCUCACUACCUAGCGUCGCUGCCACUGGCACUAUUACGAAUUCAAACUCUAAGCCCGGGCAAACAGACCUCAAUCCACAACGGCUGCCACAAUCACCGUCCUCAUCCAAACUUCCAACUCUGCCCGAGCGAGACCCGACCGCCCUCGUAACCAAGACCUUUGUCCUUGAAGCCUUCCCCGCCCCCGAGUACCCGCACAAGGAACACAUCCGCAUGUCCCCUCUGUACGGGCCCUGGCCACGCGACGAUUCCGAUCCAUCUUCCUACGACACCCCCACGUCACCAAAUAGGCUGACCCUCACCUCCGCCGCCCUGCGCGCUUCGGUGCCUCAAGACAUGGCCUACACCGGUCUGCACGACUGGGAAUCGGCGGGCCAAGAUGCCAUAGACGUCGAGGAGGCCACAGCUAUUGAGAAGGGGAUCUCGGCGGACUCGGCGACGAUGGUGAGGACGUGGAGAGCGUUUUGGAGGGAAAGGGUAGACAAAGGUGAUACAUUGCAGUAUAAAACUGGGACAAAAGGUGAUAUGGGCAGCGCGUAUAGCCAUAUCAUGAAGAGGAAGAUGAAGCAAGAGAACAAAAAGAAUCUUCAGAAAAUACUGUCUGUAUAGGUCACGACAACGAAACAAAACCAGGCCAGGGAUAAGCUCAAUGACACAAGAUAGGGAUGGAAAAGGGAAGAUGAGUGAGUGAGAAGGCGGCUUAGUCUAUGGGUUAAAGGCAAAUCGUCGGAAGAAGACGACAAAUGCUGCUGGGAGUCUUGUUCCAGCACCGGGAACACGCCCAUCCCAACACAAACUCCGGUCAAGUUCAGGAUUGGGUGAACAUGCCAUUCUUACCGCCACAAGCGUUACGGUAUGUUUCAAUGAGCCCUGGCUAAACUCUGGCCAUGCGUAUAUUGAC